GAAUAUGGACUUUAUAAUGUUCCGUCUUACGUGCCUGUAGCCACGACCUGUUAGACAGAUGUCAUUCAGACAUGUUGUUGUCCUUGUCUAUUAUCGAAUAGAAGUUGAUAUGUUUUGUUAAUUUACUUUCACUUUAAUAUACGUUUAUUAAAAUUAGUAAGACCUUCAUUUAGUACAUAAAUAUAAACCCCAAAACGUAAAACAUGGCGCAGUCGUAAGCCGUAAGUCGUAAGUACGUAAUUGAAGGCAAUUAAAAGUAUUUACAAAAGUAUCAAGUCUUUUAAGUAUAAAAAAGUCGAUCUUGAGUGUAAAAGAUGGCUACCAUGGGCAUGGUAAAAUUACCGCCAGAUUUUGAUCUGCAAGGGCAAAAUGCUGCGGGAGAAUGGAAGUUUUGGAAGACAGCUUUUGAGGACUAUCUAGUUGCGAUAGGGCAGGAUAAAGCUGCAGGACUGGUAAAAUUAUCGAUUCUGAGAAACAUUAUUGGCACCGAGUCCGCCAGAAUAAUGUCGACCUUUGUGAUUCCCGAGGAUCAGCAGGAUAAAUAUGAAUACAUGUUGGAACUUAUAACUAAAUAUGUAAACCCAAGGAUAAAUGAAUGUUUUGAAAGAUAUAAUUUCCUUAAACGAGUGCAAAAAGAGGGUGAAACGUUUGAACAUUUCUUAACUGAGUGUCGUCAUCUGGUCAAGAGCUGUAAUUACAAUACUCUAGAUCCAAAUCAGACAAGUGAAGACAAGGCUUUGAGAGACAAAAUUGUAAUGGGAAUUAGGGAUCCAACAACUAGAGAAGCGUUGCUUAGAUUAGAUGAGUUAACACUCGAUAAAACUAUAAAUUUCUGUAGAACAAGUGAACAGAGCAGAAAUCAAAGUAUUAAAUUCCAAGAAGGCGAAGAAGAGGUAAAUUUUAUUAAAAAAUAUAAGAAGCCAGGCGAAAAGAAAAGACAAAAAAGUGAACAGCAAGAUGCAAAGGACAAAUUCAAAUGUAAAAGGUGUCAAAAUAUGCACGGUCCCAGGGAAUGCCCUGCUUAUGGAAAAAAGUGUAGGAAGUGCGGAUUAUUAAACCACUUUGCUAUAUCGUGUCGCAUAAAAAAUGUAAAAAAUGUUGAAGAAAAAUGUGAUACUAGUGAGGAAAAUUUAUUUGUAGGUAACAUAAGUAAGGAUAUACCCUCGAAUAAAUCUAAUUCUACAUCUAAUAGUUAUAGAAGCCCAACAAAUAUAUGGGAAGAGUUCAUACAUGUAGAAAACAAAAGAUAUAAAGUUAAAAUCCAAUAUGACAAAAUGGUUCGCAGAUAUCCUUUUGAGUAUAAAAAGGGAGAUAAAGUAGUAAUCAGAAGCAACAUAGAUAAAAUCUGGUAUAAAGCUACAAUUCUGGAGAAAGCUAAUGAACCAAGAUCUUACUGGGUACGAAAGGAGGAUAACAACCGGAUUGUUAGGCGUAAUACUUCUCAGAUUAAAUUGUCAUUUACAGAACCAGAGAAAAAAGUCCUUACAGAACCUGAGUUGUUUCCUGAACUAUUGUCAAUUCCAAAUAUGUCAUCAAACCCAAUUAUGUCUUUAAACCCAAAUGUGUCAGUUGAACAAAAUGAAAAUGUUAAUGUAGAUUUAAGGAACAAAGUUAUUAAGUCGCGUUCGGGUCGUAAUAUUAAACCCCCUAGGAAGCUCGACCUUUGAGGGGAAGGUGUUUGAAUAUGGACUUUAUAAUGUUCCGUCUUACGUGCCUGUAGCCACGACCUGUUAGACAGAUGUCAUUCAGACAUGUUGUUGUCCUUGUCUAUUAUCGAAUAGAAGUUGAUAUGUUUUGUUAAUUUACUUUCACUUUAAUAUACGUUUAUUAAAAUUA